UCCCUUCCCCGCCCCCGCCACCGCUACCGCCUUCCCCCCUGUUCCGCGCCCCUUACGCGUUGCGGUGGAAGCGGCCGGGGGUGGGGGGGGGGGGGCGCCCGGUUUCCCGGUAUGGCCCCGGUAUUGCUGUUGGCGUUGGUGGUGGUGGCGGGGGGGGGUGUGGAAGCGCAGCCCCCCGCCUCCGAGCCCGCCUGCCCCGUGUGUCUCUGGCGGCGGCACAGCAAGGAGCUGCGGCUGGAGAGCAUCAAGUCGCAGAUCCUGAGCAAGCUGCGGCUGAAGGAAGCGCCGAACAUCACCCGGGAGGUGGUGAAGCAGCUCCUGCCCAAGGCCCCGCCGCUCCAGCAGCUCCUCGACCUCCACGACUUCCAGGGGGACUCGCUGCAGCACGAUGAGUACCUGGAGGAGGACGAGUACCACGCCACCACCGAGACCGUCAUCAGCAUGGCCCAGGAAACGGACCCCGUGGUGCAGAUCGAGGGCAACCCCCAUUGCUGCUUCUUCAACUUCAGCCCCAAGAUCAUGUUCACCAAGGUGGUGAAGGCUCAGCUGUGGGUGUACCUGCGGCCCGUGCAGCACACCUCCACCGUCUACCUGCAGAUCCUCCGCCUGAAGCCGGUGACGGAGGAAGGCAGCCGCCACAUCCGCAUCCGCUCGCUCAAGAUCGACCUCAACUCCCGCAUCGGGCACUGGCAGAGCAUCGACUUCAAGCAUGUGCUGCAGAACUGGUUCAAGCAGCCGCAGAACAACUGGGGCAUCGAGAUCAACGCCUUUGACCCCAACGGCAACGAUCUGGCCGUCACCUCCCUGGGACCCGGGGCCGAAGGGCUGCACCCUUUCAUGGAGCUGCGGGUGCUGGAGAACAACAAGCGCUCGCGGCGGAACCUGGGGCUGGACUGUGAUGAGCACUCGACUGAGUCGCGCUGCUGCCGCUACCCCCUGACCGUUGACUUCGAGGCCUUCGGCUGGGACUGGAUUAUUGCUCCCAAGAGAUACAAAGCCAACUACUGCUCAGGGCAGUGCGAGUACAUGUUCAUGCAGAAGUACCCACACACCCACCUGGUGCAGCAGGCCAACCCCCGGGGCUCGGCGGGGCCCUGCUGCACCCCCACCAAGAUGUCACCCAUCAACAUGCUGUACUUCAACGACAAGCAGCAGAUCAUCUACGGCAAGAUCCCAGGCAUGGUGGUUGACAGAUGCGGAUGCUCUUAGAGCCUGGCUGGUGCUGCCCCUCCGUCCCGUGCCCCCUCCACCAACAAACUCCUCUUUUCUUCCACUGGUUUUUGGGUUUUUUUUCCUUUUUUUUUGGUUUCCUUUUCUGUUUUUGUUUCAAAUACAAAGAACAAGCGUUGAGAGUCCUUUGGAUGCUGGGGGAAGAGAGAGGGAAAAAUCCCACGGAGAAACCCUGCACCAAACCCGCGUUUCAACAUGCAUUGUGCAAUAAAGCAACCGGACAGAGAAGGGAAGGGGUGGCUGGCAGCCCCAGCAGCGGCGGCACGGUGUAGCACGGCAUGGCACAGCUCUUCACCAGACAGCUCUCCCACCCCAGCGCAGCAGUGACGGGGAGCAGAGGAGGCUGAGCGGACCCCGCAUCUCCCUGUGCUUCUGGAGUGGCAGCAGGAUGUCCCUGCCCGCCCCACAGCCGAGGUGACAUCCACGGGCAGGUGACCCCAUUGCCACAGCCCCACUCUGGGCACUCCGCUGCAGCAAGGACGGUGGGAUCCAGCAGCGGGACCCCCGGGGCGGGUGUGACGCGAGUGCUGGCGGCUCCGGCCCCGGAGGAAACCGUCUCCCUUCUUUAAUUUAUUUAUUUAUUAAUAACCCUUCUGGCCGGUGCUUUGCUGCAGGAAGCCCCCACUUGCCCUGGGUCCCUCCUUCACACCACUGGCACUGUCCCGGCACCCGUAACCCAACGGUGGGGAGGGCUCUGGAGGGCCUGCGUCAGCCCAGCACCCCCCAGGGACUGGCAGCCUGCGGCAUCCUGGCACGGGCAGCUUGAGGGGGAGAGAGCUGCUGCCCACGCUGCAGGUCCAGCCCUGCCUGGCACUGCCAGCAUGAUGGCACUGCCCGUGCGGGGUGGCUGGAGAGGCCGUCGGCUCAGGGGGUCUCUUCUGGCAGGAGGGAGGGCGACCCGAGGUCAUCUGGAGGCAGCAUCAGCCAGAAUUGGACGGAGGCUCCAGCGGAGGAGAAAUUCCGCUUACGCGGCAGAUUCGUCACCCCCUGCCCUUGGCGCUGGACGGUUUCCGCAUGGGAACAGGCUCCUGCUUCCUCCAGAGCCACAGCCCAGCGGCUGCAGCGGCUCCCCUCCGCUCGUGCCGUGGCCAGAGUGAUGCAACCAGGGCUGCGCCGGGUCCCGUCCCUGGCGCCAGGCGGCUGCUGGCCCUGCACUGCUGGGGGAUGGCGGCUCUUCUCAGCCCCUGCGGACCCCAGCCCCAGCACUUAUCCCAAGGAUGCCGAAGGGCUCCGGCCUCCAUCGCUCCCUGUCUGCAGCAGCACCGGGGAAUGACCCCGCGGCUGCGGCUGGGACAGCCCAGCACGUCCACACCCCGCGUAGCACUUAGGGACGGCGCCAGGCAGCCGGGGCUGGGAAGGCGCUGGAGGCAGAGCCAGGGGCGCCCGGGUUGUUUAGCACUUGUCCCCGGCUGUGUGGAGGCCAAAGCGCUUACAAGGACGUGGCUGCCCUCGGGCGAGGACAUGGCCCUGGUCUGGUUGUGCCAAAUCCACCACCCUGCCUGGCGCCGAAGCACUUAGGGCCCCUCGUGCCGGGCUCCCCACAUUGCUGGUGUUUCACUGCUGGCCCAGAGGCUGUGGCGAUGGCUCCAGUCACGGCAAGAGUCAUAGGUGAGGGAGUGGGGAGAGGGAUCCCAGGGCAGAGGGGCUCUCCUGGGGUAAUGUUCUGCAGCCACCCUCACCCUUCAGGGUUGGGCAGGGGGCACAGCUCAGCUCCAAAAUGCCAGCCUGCGGCCACACCACUGCCAACAACCCCACGCUGGCGCCUUUGGGGUUGAGGUCUCCCAGUCCCACGCGGUGCCUGGUGAUGCUGAUACUUCAGAUCCAGUGAUGCCAGUGCAAAGGCCCCUCCCUGCAGCCAGCAGCAACCGCCACUGGGGGCCGAGGCACCCCUCUCCCUGCCCUUCAGUGCCUUUUAGGGGGUCACGUCCUCCACAGCGCCGGCUCUCACUGUGGAGCUGGCAGGUCCCGUGCCAGAGGAGGGGGCAGCUGAGCAGAGAGGGGCCUCUGGAGUUACUGCACCCAGGAUAAUGCCUGUGCAUCCCCAGUGCCUGUCUGGUACCAAAGGGGAUGGUCCUGGCACAGAAACACAUCACUGGUCCUUGUUUCGCUUCCACCCGGCGCUCGGGGACCAUGGGCUUGUGCAGUCUUGGCCGCUGCCACUCCUCUGCCUCAGAUGCAGCCAGGGACACAGAGCAGCAUCGUCUCACCUCUGCCAGCAACAGAGCCGGCCCCACUGCGCCUUGCAAGGUGCUGGGCACGGCACCGGCACCACCAAGUGCACAGCCACGAGCCAAGAAGGAGCCACAAGCCACUCAGAAGGGACGGAAAGGGCAUGGAGCUGCCCCGGCCACAGGAUCCUGCUCCAGAGUCAGAGAUGCUGUGGUGUGGCUGGGAUCCACCCGCCCCCCUCGCCCCAACCAUUGCCACGGGCUGGAGCCCCAUCUGACAGGGAUGGGGGUCUCACUGCCUGCUGCCUGGGACAUGGCCAACCACCUUGUGCUUGGGGCAUGUGCCCCUUCCCCAGGCUCUGGUUGGUGGCAAGGAUGGGGGCAACAGCAGAGAUUCACAGAUGGGGGUGAUGAGAGAGGCCGGUGAGAGAGCUACCCCCUGUUUUUUAAGAGCCUCAAACAAGUGAGUGGCUGAGGCAGGAGGGAACCCCCACCCCGGACAUCGUCCCUCCAGCCCAGGCAGCUGCUGCGAGGUCCAGCCCGGUGCCGAGGCCACAGCCCAGGGGGGUUCAGCCACCUCUGGCACUGAGAGAGCCACAGAGCCCCCCCAGAACCACAACCCAUCGCCCCACGGGCCCCGGGGCAGCUGUUGCAGGCAGGUGGCGCUGAAGAAAAAAGGAAGGGGCCACCCCGGGGCACUGGGACCAGUCAGCCCCAGGCACUGGUCCCACAGCUGCUGCGGUGGGCGGCACUGGGAGCAGUGCCCUGGGCUGACAGGGGGGCCGUGGUCCCGGGGCGCGGGGGGGCGGCAGCCCCGUCACUAUGUUAUUGUUGUUAUUAUUAUUUACCCGGUGUAUUGGUCUGUGCAGAAUGUCUUAGGUUAACCCUUCUGUUUGUUUGUUUGUUGCUUUGUUCCUUGUUCUGUGG